AUGAGGCAGCGCGUGAUAGAGUUGCCGUGGACGGUGGUUGCCGCGGAUAUCAUGGAACCGUUGGGUAAGUCUGGUCACACAUACUUGCUUGUCAUGCAGGACUUAUUUACGAAGUGGAUAGAGUGCUGUCCACUCCAAAAGGCUACCGGUAAAAAAAUUAGAGAGGCAAUUGAAGAACUGGUCGUUUUUCGUUGGGGCGUGCCGCGUGUAUUGCUGACGGACAACAGCACCGAGUUUAUGAAUAGGGAUUUACGCGAUGUCGGAGCAGUAUGGUAUCUAUCAUACAACAGUGCCACCUUAUCAUCCGUAGACGAACCCGGUCGAGCAGGUGAUCGCAUCUUAAAAACCAUGAUCACCGCCUUUGUAGAGCGAGAUUACCGCGAGUGGGACGUCCACAUUAAUGAGUUUUGGUUCGCGUACAAUUCCGCACACCAUACGUCCCUGCAGGCCCCUGCCUUCUUUAAUUACGGUCAAGAACCGUUACCGAUCGGCUUACAUCGCGAACAGGACAACGUCGGUGUCGAGAUAUCGGAGGCGAACCCCAUCGAGUGGCGCGAACAAGUGGGGAAAAUGGGCGCGUUACAGGAGUGGGUUGCUGAAAACUUGGAAGCCGCGCAAGAGCGACAGUCUAACAAGGGGAGGAUCAGGUGA